AUGCCCAACACCGCCUCCCAGACGACCAGCAGGAAGACGCUCGCGGUCAAGCACCUCGAUGGAGAGCCCCUCACGCGUGCCGACCUCCAGCACGACCUCCUCAACUACAUAUUCUCAAACACCCAGGCCGCAUUUACCGAUCCGUACAGGACAAUCCAUGGCGACCCGCCCAGGACGCUCGUUACCUUCCGCGACCUCUACAUCAACUGCCUCCUCCACUCGCCCCGCUGCUCAAAGGCCGCCAGGGAGAAAAUAAUGGAGUCCCCCGACUUUGGCGACGAGUUCGCGAAGAUGUCCCUCCUUUCCAACGUCGGUCGCAUAAAUACCACCAUGGCCUUCUUCCCAGAGAUGCGUACCGCACUGCGCACGUACCACCCCGUCCCCUCCCUCCAGAAGACCAACGGCAAUCUGCAGGACGCCCCUCGGAUAAAGAACAUCCUCAAAUCGUGCUACCUCGACACCGAGCCCCAGGGCUCCCUCCUCUCCCCUGCAGACGUGCAGGCGCGCUCCCGGUCAGGUCAGGUGCCGCCGACGAGCAUCGUGAACCUCAUCUUCACGUUCUCCAUCCAUGCUGGCGCAGUUGCCAGGACGCACUUCGGGCCGAGCGCGAACCUUGACUUUCUCGACUUCUUCACGCCCGUUCCCGUUUCUUCCGCCUCACGCGCACUCGCGUUCCUGUGGCUCUGCUUUCACUAUCACGAGCAUGGGUCGCCCAACCCCUUCUCGCAAGGCUAUGCGAGCACAAACCCGGAUAAAAUACCGGCUCUCGUCAUGCUGUCGGAGGAAGAGGCGGCGCUGGAGAACGUCGAUCCUCCGGACGAACGUGCUUGGGGUGAAAGCAUGACGGAGCAGCGCCGAACUUUCAUGGCGAAGAAGGCACAAGAAGACGACGGAGAACCUAUGGACGACAGCAGCGAACCCAAGGGCAGAGGCAGAGGUGCACCGAGGGGCCCAAGUAGUAGAGAUAAGGAGCGCGAGCGGGAGGCGUCUCCCGCGGAGAGCUUCAUUUCGUUGCCGCCCAUGCUGCAAGAUGCUCCCGAAGGUCCGUUGACGCCGCAGUCUCCGUGGAGCGAACGGCCACCACGCCGGCCCUCUCCCUCGUUACCACCUCCAUCCUUGAGCCAGGCCAGAGAACGCUUCCCUUCGCCAUCUCUCCCACCGCCGCCUCGAACAGAACGUCUGCCGUCGAUACCGGAUCUAUUCUCAGACAUCCGUGACCCGCGACACUUCGCGGAUCCCUACCCACGGCGACAAUCAAGCCCUGGUCCGCCACCGUCGAACGGCGGCAGGCCGACCCGGACGCGCGCCCGCACUCACACAUUUCCUGAGCCGUUGCCGCAUCCGCACCCAAGGGAGAAUCCAUACAUCUACCAGUCGUAUGCGCCACCGCCCGCCCCGCCACCGCCCCGCCCGGUGUACACAUAUGCUCCCCACCACUCGCCCGUGUACGAGAGACCGCCGCCGGCGGCUCCGCGCCCGCCGGAGAACCAGCACUCUAUGCUUGAUCUGACGAAUCUGUCGACAGAGGCAUGGCACGUCGUUAUGACCACCGACCCUUUGGCUGACUCGGACGAUGAGAUCGCGGACGAGAACGCUCGUCUUGAUACAGUACUCUUGCGCUUGCGCAUCAUCAGCAGACUACGCGGCAAAGAGCCAACGCCUGAGCCCGAAUCUAUACCACAGAUUGUACCAUUCCCCAUCAUACAUACCCACACCCAUGCGAACGCACACUCCGCUGCCAUCUAG